CGAUUUCAUUUACUCGUGACAAAAGCACACCUCGCAAGGAGAAAUCCAUCGUCUCGUGCUCUGUACUCAAGCAGAGACCGGACGCAAUCUGCAGCGAGCGCCGCAGAGUUUCAGUCGGCAGUCUUGAUGGCGCCGACUCGCUUACGGACGAUCUCGGUGACGGUGGAUUUCCCCCUACCGCUCAGCUACAGAUAUAUUAUAUCGCAACAUCUUCUAUGGUGGCCGAUCAAAACGUCCCGUGUGUCUCUCUAUGCCCAAUGUAUACAUAGCCUGACAUGGCCCUGUAAAGCCCCUCCGCAAACGGCCUCAGGACAUACAACGACACAUUCCAGAAUCUGUCGGCCGAAUUCGGGCCACAACAAGAUCAAGAUCUGCCGGCCGCCGGUCGCCGUGGGCCUGUGGUGUCAAGCAUAGUGGGUGAUCUCGCGGGUCCACCGUCGUGGACUACACUCCCACAGUGGAAUUCUACAGACCGCAUCCAGAAGGAGCAAAGUCUAACUCGCAGCUUGUUCGAGACGGUGUUGGCUUGUCGCACCUCCUGACCUCGGGUCAGGCAUUUAAGGUGUCGACGUCUUCCACCCUUUAGACAUGAUGAUGUGGCAGUUUCUGAUCAUCCGCAGGCUUGCACAACUUCUCUGGCGUCAUGUCCAGAGGGCAAUCCAACGGGAAACCCUGCAGAAUGAAGUACCUGGACGCACAAGAGUCUGUCGCACACUAGCGAUGUAACUGUCCGAAUGUAUAAAUAUUCCAGAAGCAUGUGCUUCCCAAAGGAAUUCGGUAUCCUCAGAUUGUUGUCAAACCUCCACUCCCUGUGGAGCGUUCGAGUAGUAGCUUAAAGACGUGCGACAUAGGAGGAUCCAGGAAGAGUUUGAGAAUAAGCCUCUAGAGGCUCUGGACGCCUUGAUUCGCUCCCUGGCUGAUGUCAAAGGAAAGCUACGUGCGACCAUCAUCCUUCUCACUGCCUACCAAGCGAGAAAAGCGAUCGUUACGCUCCCUCUGGUUCAUGCUUGCGAAGGCGUACACAGCACAGAUUUAAUGGACAGACUCGAACUCUAAAGACGAACGCGAUGAUCGGUCAUAUCGCAUAUGUUCAGUAUUCGGCCCUUUAGGAGGCCCAGAAGCAUCCAUUCUUUCUGGGUUUUGCUCACACGACAUGGCCCCUGAUGGUGGUGCUACUGUUGAAACGAAAGCAGAGGCUCAUCAGCCUUGGGACCCGGUUAUUGAUGGAUCCUUCAUUGACAGAUUUUCUGACGUUGCAUUGGAUGCUGACGGCAAUAGUCAUGACGGCCAUCCAACGAGGACGGCCAGACAGCCAGACAUUUGCUUCCACUCUCCAGACCAACCACGGGCCAUCCCCCUAAAAUUCGUAUUCGAAGUCACCGUCAGACCCUGGAGAGAUUGUCAAGACCAACGGCCCCCUCUCGCCAGUCUCACCAGUCGCGUUCGAGGUUCGUUUGUGCCUUUAGGCCCGCACAAACGAAAAGGGUCACCAACAUACUGCAUGCUGCUGCUACUGCCGGUGCCCUGGGUACUUUCGAACUUGCAGUAUUCCCUAGCACUGCCGCUCAGUCAUUGAUCGCUUACGUCUUCGCUACCAGCUCGAUUAUAAUAUAAUCAUACACUAUUGUACUGUCGCAAGGUCCUGGUGGACGCGCAGCUGGCCUAAGUUACGAGCAGGAGGCGCGCUACGUAUCAGGUGCAACUUCUCAAGCGUUCUGUGGCGCCUUCGCUCGCAUGAGCCUGCCGCGAUCUGGACGUGGGAUACCCGAAUCCGCCCACUUUUUAUGGCGACCACUGUCUUACCACCGUUAUUGGACUUCUGUACCGCUGCUGGCACUUGCUGCUGCUGUUUGUGCCUAGAUUUUUCUUAAUCUGAUCAUCGUCCGGCAGCCUGGCCAUCAUUUGACGGACCUUUAAGCAAGCCUGGCCGUGGAUCACCCCGGACCAGUGUCUUGUCCUAACUGUCCUGUCCUCUUCUUUUGCAGACACAUGAUAUUUUGUUCACGUGCCGAGGCUCCAAAAGUUGUUGACUCUUGCGCCACGCAACACGAACCACCACCAACCACUUCGAGCUCGCUUGAAGAGGACGCCCCGAUCUUUCCGCAUUACUCACCGCGACAUUAUUGCCAUCCGCGCUGAUUUGAUUUGCGCCCGGCGAGCUUUCAAAUCCCGCCCGACUUCAUUAUCUCUGCUUUUGCCGGUUAAACACAUCGGCCCUAGUAAUCGUCAACGGCUAGGCCCCCCGCCUUGACAUCGGAGUGCUCUCCUAGAACAAGCAGUCGCCGUUCUCCCACUUGCCCGAUGGGGUGUGAUUCCGCCGUCGGAUAAUGUACUAUGCAGAGCUAUCCGACGACGUCCGGGCCUCCGCCAGGGCCUCCUCCUGGGCCCAAGAACUAUGUCUUCGUCGAUGAGCAUAACAGGCACAAGCGUCUCAAGGUGAUGCGCGCUUGCGAAGGAUGUCGUCGUCGCAAGAUCAAAUGUGAUUCCGCCACCACCAACACGUGGCCUUGCGCCGCAUGUGUGCGCCUGAAACUACACUGUGUUCCCCCGGCAGGAGGAAUAGACGCUGAAGCCGGGGACUUAGGUCAAAGUAGCGGGGCGGAAGGCUCUAUUGAACCGCAAUCGUUUCUAUCAACUCCAUCCGCCCCGACUCAAUCGGCGCAAAGCUAUGCGCCGGCUGUUCAGGACUUCACUGUCGGCCAAGCCAACACAUUCGCUUACGAUCCUUAUGCCACCGACUAUCAAAAGCCUCCGUACGGCAACGUCGCGAGACAGUAUGGGAGCUACUUUCCGGAUCAGCAACAAUUCACAGGGACUCUGAAUGACACCUACCAGUCAGAUUUCUCCAUAUAUGGACAGGCUCAACAUGACUCUCAGCAACCUUUUGAUCGAGAGAACGCUGACUCCUCACCGGCCGAUCCCGUCACGGCUGAAGGGCUCAUGGAACAUCUUGGUUCCUUGAAGAUCGAGGAGAAUGGAAUCGCGCCGUACCUGAGGUCAGAGAAGAAGGACGGCAAGGAACCCGACACUCCUGUUCAAGAAGCCGAGCCGGAAGUCAAAGUCCCCACCGUCUUCAAUACUGGGGCAGGCUCCCAGAUUAGGAUCCCACCAGCUCUUAUGCCGUCGCAGGAAGAAGCUAUGCGAGCUUUCAAGAUUUUCUUCCGCGAUGUCCAUCCCUAUGUCCCAGUCUUGAACAGGAGGCGUUUCUACGAACAAUGGCACAAUGACAAAGAUUCCAUAUCUCCGCUCGUUUUGGAAGCUGUCUUUGCCAAUGCCGGUCGCUUGUCGGAUGAUCCCGCUCAAGGGGCACAAUGGAUUGCAAUGGCGAAUCAACAUGAGCCCUGUUUCCUGGACAGUCCACGGCUGAGCACUGUCCAGGCGCUACUACUUUUACUCAAGGCUCGAGAGAGCGUUCCUAAACGUGGCUAUUACUAUCGAUCUUGGAUGACUUGCAAAACUGCCGUGAGCAUGGCCAAAGAUCUGGAAUUACAUGAGCACCACGAAAUCCAUGCUUCUGGAGAAUCUUGUGGGUCAGACCCUGUUGAAUGUCUGACCAAGACGCGAGUGUGGCAGACCCUACUGGUCUGUGAGACCAUGGUUGGAGGGCCUCAAGGCCGUACGGAUCUUGGAGUCGACCCUCAUUCCGUGGAUGCUAGCACGAAUCCCCCAUGCUCCGAUAUGGACGACUUCGAAAAGGCCAUAUCCCGCCAGUUUGCCUAUUUCGUUCGUAAUGUUCGCAACAUCCGCCUGAUCACCGGCGUCUCGCACAAGCUGAAGAAAAAGAAGGAUUGGGGUUUGGACCAGGAGUUUGUUGCGUACAAUGCCGCUUUCAAAAAAUGGCCGGACGAACUACCCAAAGAUCUGCAAGUGGUGUUGCCGCCGAAUGGUGGCAUCCCGUCGUUGCCCUCUCACUUUGUCGGCAACAUGCACUCGCAUUACCACCUCGGCGUCGUCAUGCUUCAUCGACCGCAACUCAAGGCAUCCGAAUCUUUUGCGGCCGACAGCCAAUGGAGACACCACAUGAGCGUAUGCUACAACUCGGCCAAGGUCCUCUGUCGUCUUCAGGAAGGCAUUUUGGCCAAGUGGGACAUGGUGGGUCUUCAGUGUAUGCAGCGAGGCAUCAAUUUCACCAUUUACGCCAUAUUGACCUGCAUUAUGCUGCACCUGAUUGCCUUGUCGUCUCCGGAUCCCGAGUACAACUCUGAAGCGCGAGACUAUUUCGUCCGACACAUGCGCAUAUUAGAACGCUGUGUUGCCGCAUGGCCAAUGCCAGAUACCGAGGCCCAGAUUAACGCGUUACGUGCUGCCUUUUCGGCGGACGUCAACAAACCCUUUGAGCUCAAACCCACUUUCCCCUUGGGCUCACCAUCAGACCAGUCCCGCUCUUCUCCCGCGUCCCAGCCGUCUUACGAAAAGCAGAGCCUACAACAACAGCAGCAGCAACUACAGCAACAACAUCCGCCACUACCCCAGACUCAGCCCCAUCAACUUCUCGAUCUGCAACAGCAGCAGCAGCAACAACAACAACAGCCUCAACCGGGCUCUUAUCUACCUCAGCACAUGAGCCAAAUGCGUCAAGCGCAAACGCCGUACCUAGCAACGCCUCCCGUAUCGGCAUAUUCUAGUGAUUCGAAACCUCAGACGCCCGUUUUCGCCCAGCAGGCCAGCUUUGAAAUGCCCGAGCAGCAGUUUUCUUCGGCCAUGCCAGCGGCAACCGGCGGGUUCUACCAGCAGCAGCAGCAGCCGCCCACAUCGGCCCCAGACAUGAACGUCCAAUGGAACCCAACGCCGAUCAUUGAACAGUUUGACGCGGCAUUUGCCAUUCCUCCGUCCGCUUUGGCCCCGCCCCCAUCCAUGUACGGCAGCACGGGGUCGUCGCCCCCAGGAGGGAAUAUUCCCGCCAAUUUCCAGGCCAGUUUCACCUCGGCCGGAUCUCCUACGUACGGCUACGGGCAGCAACAGCAACAGUACUUUGCCCAGCAAAUGCAGCCGCAGUCGCAGUCUCAGUCACAACAACCUCAACAGUCUUUCCAUGACACUUCCUCGCCGCCGAUCCCGACGCCUUAUUCUGCGAGCCCUGUCGGAUCGUCCAUGCUGAUCACCUCUCGACAGUGGCAGCAAAGCGUGGCCAACGUCAUUGAUUCAGCCGGUCUGAAGAGAAGAUGGAACUAUGGUCAGGACUGAAGCAUGGCAUGAGCAUGGCGCGUAGGAACGUACCAAACAUAUUUGUAUCGGGUCCCAGGCAUAUGGACGCCAGUUAGACGCCCUUGCGAACUGCUCCGCUCCAGCAUAUUCCAUCCACGUUCGCCCAGCCAGGGUCAUAUGGAUGGGGGACUCGAACUACUACAGUAGUAAUGGCUGGCUGGCUCGGCAUGGACAGUUUUUCAUGUCCUCCGUGUCCGCGCGGGGAAGGAGCACGCCAUUGGCACAGCGGCAGAGGAAUCGAAUCCAGACACCAUUGACAGUGAUGAGGCACAUGAACUCCGUACAGAUACAUUCUGUUUACGUAUGCAUGUGAACAGGAGACGUAUACCAUACCAUACCACUACCACACUUUACAAUGAGACCACGAACGGACUGUAAUGUCCACUAUCAAACAAGACACAAGACAGUCAAACGACGAACGAAUUGAAUCUAUGAUCAAAGCACGUAUGGCCAAAAAGGGAUUGGAUCGGAUUGAGAUGGGGCACUCAGGGCAUGGUCUUGGAAUUCAGCCGUUUUCAAUGAAAUGAGUUGAGGGCAAAAGAGACCGUCUUAACAGGAUGAUACGCACUGGGACAUGGUAGAAUGUGCUGGAACGGAAUACCUAGGAUGGGUUGGGUUGGGUUGACUAAAAGGAUAGUACUUGCAGCGGGAAAGGGACCCCAGCGAAGGGAGGUAGAUAUCUAUAUCUCACGAAACUAAACUGGUUUGAAGCAGCAUGCAGCACGGAGAGACACGAUGAUUUCUCUUUGCGAAUAGGUAUGCUAUGAUCACCAUGGGAUAUGUUCGAAGGACAUGAGCUGCCCUGGUCUGGCAUGGGCCUGUCGGUGGAAUGGAAUGAAAUGACUGGUUCGGUUCGGUUCAUCAAAGUGCACGCAUAUGCAUGCGUGUGCAUAGGGUAACUCAGCUUGCAGCUACUCAGGCUGGACCAGAUAUUUGAGAUACCUCACAUCAAUGAUGAGCUGACCAUCUGGAUCAUUCGUUGAAUUGAAACCGCGGGACCGGAUCGCAUUCGAAAUUAAAUAUGAAGUGCGGUGACCGAAAAGACUUGUCACAAGGGCAAGGUGCUUCUGCCGACUCGGGUUUGUCAUCAAACCAGCCAAGAUUUCAAGUAGAACCAAGUACUGUAAAUUAGCCCAGCUACUAGUAUCAGCAGCUGGCUUCCCGGUGCGAAAUCGAAGUCGAAAUCGU